CGCCAUCAGCAAGUUCUCCCGCCAGGCCUGGAGAGUAAACGUUCCCGCCCAGAGCUCAGCUGACGCCACAUACAACAACACUACACGCGCCUGCAGGCUCAUACUAAGGGACCAUGGGUGUCAACGAUGACAAAAAUCAAAAUUUACCAUGGGUAGAGAAGUAUCGACCCCAAACUCUUCAGGAUCUUAUCUCUCAUGAGGAUAUCAUCUCCACAAUUGAGCGGUUCAUUGAUGAGGAUCAUCUACCACACUUACUCUUCUAUGGUCCACCAGGAACUGGCAAGACAUCCACUAUUCUUGCAUGUGCUCGCAAACUUUAUACUCCCAAGGAGUUCAAUUCUAUGGUUUUAGAACUGAAUGCUUCAGAUGACCGCGGUAUUGGUGUUGUGAGGCAACAGAUACUCAGCUUUGCCAGUACACGCACCAUAUUUAAGUCUGGGUUCAAGCUUGUCAUUUUAGAUGAGGCUGAUGCCAUGACCAAUGAUGCACAGAAUGCAUUAAGGAGAGUAAUUGAAAAAUUCACGGACAAUGUUCGAUUUUGCCUUAUCUGCAACUAUCUCAGUAAAAUCAUCCCAGCCAUUCAGUCACGAUGCACUCGAUUUAGAUUUGGACCAUUGUCAUCGGACCAAAUCCUUCCCAGGUUGAACUAUGUCAUCGAACAAGAAAAGGUCACUGUAACAGAUGAUGGAAGAAAGGCAUUAUUAGCUUUGUCAGGAGGGGACAUGAGGAGGGUGUUAAACAUACUGCAGUCAACAGCAAUGGCUUAUAAAGACGUGACAGAGGAUAACGUCUACACUUGUGUGGGUCAUCCUCUUCGCUCAGAUAUCACAAAUAUUAUAAACUGGAUGCUGAAUGAACAAUUUGACAUAGCCUACAAAAAUGUGAGCGAGUUAAAGACUGCUAAAGGUUUUGCCCUUCAAGAUAUUUUAACAGAACUGCACACAUACAUUCAUAGAAUAGAUUUUCCAGUUGAAGUUCGUGUUCACCUAGUGGCACAGUUGUCUGAUGUGGAGGUGAGGUUGUGUGCAGGUGCAUCAGAAAAACUGCAACUAUCAUCUGUUUUAGCAGCAUUUACACGAGCUAAACACAUGGUAGCAGCUCGAGCAUCAUCAUAAGUGAAUGGAGGUUCUCAAGUUUGGUGUAUUGAAAUUACCAUCUAUAAAUGUAUUUUUAAUUUUAGGGUUCAAGAUCUAUUAAAGAUACAAUGUGAAUAAUUUAUUAUUGUGCCUUAUAAAAGCAUUUAGUUAA